AUGACGAAUCCGCUGCGCGAGAAGAAUGUCCGAGAGACGCCAGAGAGGCCUCAGAGGGUCACCGUCGGUCCAUUAGAUUUUUUGGCAUCAACAGCUUUUCUUGUACCUGUGUCCCACCUCAAUUGCUUCACGCACAGAGAGAUUCCAGCCCACGACCGUUCCACAAUAGAGGCUCUUCUCUAUUUUUGGGCACGACUUGAGAUACAGGUGAUGGUGCGACGAGGAAAUGGUGGAGGCGACCCCAAGCGUCGCCCACUGAUCAUGCUGUGGAUCGCGCUUUGCCUGCUGGCGGUCGGAGCCGACGCCGAGCACGUGCGCGAGCUAGAAGUGUCGGAAGGGGUGCCGAUAGGGCACCAGAUCGGCUUCAUCGGGGAGUUCCUGCACGGCCUGGACAGCGGGCCGCCCUACUUGAUCGUGCCGGUGCCAGGCAGUGCGGUGGAUAGCGACCUGGCCAUCGAUCACACAACGGGCGAGAUCAGGACGAAAGUGGCGCUGGAUCGUGAGACUCGCGCCUCGUACUCACUCGUGGCGAUUCCGCUCAGUGGCGCGAAUGUUCGUGUUGUUGUGCGUGUGCUGGACGAGAACGACAAUGCCCCGAUCUUUCCCACACCCGUCAUGAACAUUGAGUUUCCGGAGAACACACCUCGUGACGUCAAGCGCACCCUGAAUCCCGCGCGAGACCUGGAUUUGGGGCGCUACAACACGCAGCGCUACAACAUUGUGUCCGGCAACGUGAACAACGCCUUUCGGCUGUCGUCGCACCGCGAACGAGAUGGGGUUUUGUACCUCGAUCUGCAGAUCAAUGGCUUCCUCGACAGGGAGACCAUUCCUGCGUACAGUCUCGUGAUCGAGGCCCUCGAUGGCGGAACGCCACCGUUGCAGGGCCAAAUGACGGUGAACAUCACAAUUCAGGAUGUCAAUGACAACCAGCCCAUCUUCAACCAGAGCCGAUACUUUGCCAGUGUCCCCGAGAACGCCACGGUCGGCUCGAGUGUUCUUCAAGUGUUCGCCACGGACAUUGACGCUGGUGAGAAUGGGUAUGUGGAGUAUGCGAUCAACCGUCGUCAGAGCGACAAGGAGCAAAUGUUUAAGAUUGAUCCGCAAACAGGUUGGAUUGCCGUGAACAAGCCUCUGGAUUUUGAAACGAAGGAACUGCACGAGUUGGUUGUAGUGGCCAAAGAUCACGGCAUUCAACCACUAGAAACAACGACUUUCGUAUCAAUAAGAGUGACUGAUGUGAAUGACAAUCAGCCGAUUAUUAAUGUGAUUUUCUUAAGUGACGAUGCCACUCCGAAGAUCUCGGAAUCGGCCCAACCUGGCGAGUUUGUCGCUAGGAUAAGUGUUAAUGAUCCGGAUUCAAAGACAGAGUACUCAAAUGUGAAUGUGACGCUGAGUGGCGGCGACGGUCGGUUCGGACUGACUACGCGUGAUAACAUUAUUUAUCUAGUGAUUGUGUCCUUGCCGUUGGAUCGCGAACUACAGCCGAACUACACUCUGAGCGUUGUUGCCACGGACACAGGCAAUCCUCCUCUGCACGCCAGCAAAACCAUCUAUCUUCGCGUGACUGAUAUCAACGACAACGCUCCUGAGUUCGAGAGCGAUGUGUAUCGCGCUAACGUGAUGGAGAUUGCUGAUCCGGGAACCUCUGUUAUUCAAUUGAUCGCAGUCGAUAGGGACGAAGGCAACAAUUCCGCCAUUGUGUACUCCUUGCUCGACACUCCCGACACUCACUCGCAGUGGUUCCAAAUAGACUCGCAUAGUGGACUUAUCACAACUCGUGCUCAUAUUGAUUGUGAAACCGAACCUGUGCCGCAGCUCACGGUUGUGGCGAAAGAUAACGGACAUCCUCCGUUGUCCUCAACAGUGACAGUGUUUGUGACCAUCCACGAUGUCAACGACAACGAACCCAUCUUCGAUCAGAGCUUCUACAAUGUUUCCGUGGCGGAGAACGAGCCCAAAGGACGCUGUAUCUUAAAGGUAUCCGCCACUGAUCUGGACUGCGGCGUCAAUGCCAUGGUGAACUACACUCUGGUCACCGGCUUCAGGAAACUGAAGGAGUUCGAGGUGAAAUCCGCCACGGGUGAGGUCUGCAUUUCCGGCGAUUUGGACUACGAGCUCCGGACUUCUUAUGAGUUUCCCAUAAUCGCCACGGAUCGAGGUGGGCUCAGCACCACGGCAAUGGUUAAGAUUCAGCUGACCGACGUCAAUGACAACCGGCCGACGUUCUACCCGCGGGAGUACAAUGUGUCCCUAAGGGAGCCCCUGCCCUCGUCCUCGUCAGUCACGCCCGUGGUCGUGGUGGUGGCCACGGACCCGGACUCUGGCCGCUUCGGCGUGGUGACGUACAGAAUUGUGGGUGGCAACGAGGCGGGCAUCUUCAGGAUCGACAGGAUCACAGGUGAGAUCUUCCUGGCGCGUCCGACGAUACUUUCCAGCCGGGUGCAGCCCUACCAUUGGCUCAACAUCUCCGCCAGCGACGGCGGAGGCCUCAGAACUAGUCAAGAUGCCGAAGUGUUCAUUAGCGUGAUUGAUUCGGCGCAGAGGCCACCGAUCUUCGAGAAGCCACGCUACAACUACUACGUCAAGGAGGACGUGAAGCGGGGCACUGUCGUGGGAGCCGUUUCGGCCACAAGCAGUGACUCAGGGAGUCGAGGCACUGUGCGAUACUCAAUCUAUUCAGGUGAUCCUGAUGGUUACUUCAGCAUCGAUCCUGUGUCUGGUAACAUCCGCAUCGCCAGCCCGCUGGAUCAUGAGUCCAAAGUUCAGGUUCUGCUCAAUGUCCAAGCCACGAGCGGAGAUCCUCCGGUCUACGGUCACACUCAGGUUAACAUUGACAUCGAAGACGUGAACGACAAUCCGCCAGAAUUUGAAUCCAGCACAGUUAGGAUUUCUGUCCCGGAGAAUGUUGAGCUGGGCACGCCGCUGUACGUCGCCAAUGCCCACGACCGCGACUCCGGGAAGAGCGGUGUGGUCACGUAUCGGCUGUCGAAUAUCGCGAGUGGCGGGGACUCGGGUCAGAGUGACUCGAAUCUCUUCAGCAUCGACUCACGCACGGGUCACUUGACCCUCUCUCGCCACCUCGACUACGAAACCACGCAGAGGCACUCGCUGAUCGUGACGGCCACGGACUCGGGCGAACCUCCCUUGGCCGCCAAUCUCACGGUGCUGGUCGAGGUGCAAGAUGUCAAUGACAAUCCACCCGUGUUCGAGCGCAAUGAGUACACCGUUAAAGUGUCCGAAUCGACAACCAUCAAUUCGCAGAUAUUGCAGGUCGCCGCCGUUGACCUGGACACUGGGAACAACGCACGACUCACAUACCGUAUUGUUGGUGGCGGUGGCGGUGAUCAGAUUGCACAUCUGGAGAACAAAACGACUGCCUCACGAUACGACGAGGAUGUGAGUGAGGUAUUCGGCAUCUUUCCCAACAGUGGAUGGCUCUACUUGCACCGUAUGCUGGAUCGUGAAACACGUGGUCGGUAUGAGAUAACUGUUGUGGCAACUGAUAACGGUACACCCGCGGCCACGGCCACAACACGUGUCAUUGUCAAUGUCCUGGAUGCCAAUGACAACGAUCCGCGCUUCUCACGUGACAACUAUGAGUUUAGCGUGGAGGAGAAUCUGCGUCGGGGUGCAAUUGUUGGCCUCUUGGUCGCCACGGAUGCCGAUCUGGAUGCAAAUGCAGCCAUCAGAUACACGCUCAUACCGAGCAAUACCAGCUUCCAAGUCAAUCCCAUGACAGGUGAAAUCAUAACCCGCGAGCCUCUUGACCGGGAAACCAGAUCGUCUUAUGAUCUCGUGGCCGAAGCUCGCGAUCAAGGUACGCCUUAUCGCAGCAGCAGAGUCUCAGUGCGCGUCCUAGUCACUGACGUCAACGAUAACGCUCCGGACAUCAUUGAUCCUCAGGAGGAUGUGGUCAGUGUGCGUGAGGAGCAGCCGCCGGGAACUGAGGUGGUCAGAAUCCGGGCAAUUGAUCGGGACAACGGAUACAAUGCUUCCGUGUCAUACUCGAUUCUGAAGGGUCGAGAUUCUGACGGCUUUGGACUAUUCUCGAUCGACCCUAUGACGGGACUGAUCAAGACGCGGGCAUCGCUGGAUCACGAGGAGAAGAGCAUCUAUCGCCUAGCCGUGGCGGCGACAGACGGAGGGAAGCCGCCGAAGCAAACGGUGCGCCUUCUGAGGGUCGAAGUGCUGGAUUUGAACGACAAUCGUCCCACAUUCACGAGUUCCAGCCUUUUGUUCAAGGUUCGCGAGGAUGUGUCUGUGGGUCACGUUGUGGGCUCCGUUAGUGGCUCUGAUCAUUCGGAAUCCGACAAUUUCAUCUCCGGCAAUAGUCUCUACAUCACGUACACCUUAACGUCCAUUACGUCUGAUGUUGUGGAUGGCGCCUUUGACAUGGAUCGCAACACGGGCUCCUUGAUCGUCACGCGGAAGUUGGACCGUGAGCAGCAAAGUGAAUAUAGACUGGAGAUCAGAGCUCUCGACACGAGCGCCUCCAACAAUCCUCAGAGCUCAGCCGUCACCGUGCGAGUGGACAUUGUAGAUGUCAAUGAUAACAGCCCAGUUUGGCAUACGGAUCCAAUCACGAUUGAGAUCGCAGAGAGCGCGAGUGUGGGAUCAGUUGUCUACAACUUCUCUGCCCACGAUGCCGAUGAGGGAGUGAAUGGCGAGAUUCAGUACCACAUGGUCAAGCAUUCUCCCGGGGAGGCUGGAACUUUUGAGUUGGAUCCGCUGACUGGGAGUCUGACCUUACUGAAGCCGCUGGAUUUUGAAAAUUGUCGCAACUUCCUCCUUGUCGUCCAGGCCACUGAUCAAGCUACGAUCGUGAGUGAUCGCAGAAAUACUUCAGUCACAGCUAUGAUCACUGUGACUGAUGUGAAUGACAACGCCCCUGCUUUCGUCCUGCCUUCGUCUGACGGAGAAGUGAUCUAUCUCAGCGAUUCAGCUACUGUAGGCCAGUUAGUCACUCAUAUAGUCGCCGUUGACGCAGACAGUGGUGAUAAUGGCCGCGUAAUCUACAGCAUCGUCAGUGGCAACGACGAUGAACGCUUCAGUAUUGACUCUGAGAGUGGAAACAUCGUUCUGGCAAAGCCAAUCAUAGGCCAUCAAUCGUCAGCUAGGCAUCUUCAUCAUGCCACCAAUGGAAGAAAUGCUGGAAAAUACAACAUUAUCGUCAGUGCCACCGACAAAGGGAUUCCGAUCCCCAAAGAAAAUCGUCGAACUCUGCAGAUCGUCAUUCAAGGAUCUACUAACAAUCCACCGCGCUUCCUAGAACCCGUCUACCACGUGAAUGUGUCGGAGAACAUUCCGUCCGGAAGCUUCGUCACGCGAGUGGGUGCCAAAUCAUUCCAGCCUGAUAAUGGUGGCAAUUUGACCUUUGAGAUACCAAAUGGAGUGGCCGAUGAUCACUUUGUUGUGGAUCCCAUCCGCGGAAUUAUCACAACACGGGGCGCUUUUGAUCGUGAGUCUAAGGACAUGUACACAGUGCCGGUGUACGUGAAGGAGUCCAGUUUCUCAGCCAGCAAAGUCAAGUCGUCCGGCGGGAAGGCGGCCACUUGGCAAUUCGACGUCGCCACCAUCGUGGUGAGGGUGACUGAUGUCAAUGAUCAUGCCCCAGAGUUCCGCCCUGGAUCGUGUUACCCACUGAGAGUGCCCGAAAAUAGCGAUUUGGCCGUCAUCCACACAGUCGUGGCCACCGAUCUGGAUGAAGGACUCAAUGGAGAUAUCAUUUACAGCAUUACAGGUGGAAAUAUCGGCAACAAGUUCAGCAUUGACAUGCACACGGGCGAAUUAACAGCCCGUCCGCUGGAUCGCGAGGUCCAGUCGCGCUAUACAAUUCAAGUGACAGCCCAAGAUCGCGGCUCACCGAUCGCAUAUCAUGGCACGUGCAAUAUAUCUAUAGCCGUUGAGGACCAAAAUGACAAUGAUCCACGAUUUGAAUUGUCGAAAUAUAUUGCGACGAUCGCCGAGGAUGUGGCCAUCGGCACAUCAGUGCUCACCGUGCGGGCCACAGACGUGGAUUUGGGCAUCAAUGCCCGGAUCGUCUAUUCGCUGGCCAACGAGACGCAGUGGCUGUUCAGCAUUGACAAUCGGAGUGGACUUAUAACGACAGCAGGGCUCUUUGAUCGAGAAAAGGAGAACAUCUACAACUUCAUGGUGGUAGCAACUGACGGCGGAAAGUAUGAUACGCGAUCCCAGAAAGUCCCUGUGCAGAUCAUCAUUGAGGAUGUGAAUGACAACAAGCCAGUGUUUGAGAAAUAUCCUUUCAAGGGUCACGUGGCGGCCUUUGUGCAGCCCGGACAAACUCUCCUGCAAGUCUCGGCGACAGAUGGCGAUCAAGGGACUAAUGGUGAGAUUCUCUACAGUCUUAUCAAUGAUGCGACAAACGGAAAGUUCCGGAUAAACCCCAACACAGGCGCUCUGAGCGCUACUCAAAGUUUGGCGAGUGAGAAUGGAAAGCUGCUGCAUCUGGAAGUGAUCGCUCGGGACAAGGGAAAUCCUCCACAGACCGCCACCGGACUUAUCGAACUUCAAGUUGGUGAUGUUCCUCCGGGAACGCCACAUCUUCGCUUCCAGAAUGACACCUAUGUUGUUCGACUGCCGGAGAAUGGGGUCUCUGGACAAUCUGUCGUUCAGCUGAAUGCCGUUCGAAGUGAUGGGCGACGUCAGAGAAUCAUUUAUAAGAUCGGGAGUGGAAACGAGGAUGGAGCUUUCACGAUCGAUCCGGCAACGGAUGAGAUCAAGAUCCACAAUGCGGAUCAGCUGGACUUUGAGAAGUAUCCGAAGGGCUUGAAGCUGAUCGCAGUGGCGAGAACCGAGGGUAAUCCCGUGCUGUAUGGUUACUGUGAGGUGAAGGUGCUUCUUGUGGAUGAAAAUGACAACGCUCCCAGAUUCACGCAGCAUCAGUAUUCAGCGGCCGUGUGGGAGGGCAACAACAAGGGCACGUUCGUGAUGCAAGUGUCAGCCUACGAUGCCGACCAAGGAUCGAACUCACGCAUCCUGUACCACAUCGUGGACGGAAAUCAUGACAACGCCUUCAUCAUCGAACCAGCGUUCAGUGGCGUUGUGAAGACGAACAUCGUGCUGGAUCGCGAAAUCAGGGACAUGUAUCGAUUGAAGGUGAUCGCAACGGAUGAAGGGGUGCCACAGAUGACGGGCACAACGACAAUCCAGGUGCACAUUGUGGACGUGAACGACAACCAACCCACAUUUCCGCCUCACAGCGUUAUCAGCGUGAGCGAAGGAAUUGAAUUGGGAACAGUGCUGACGUCCAUCACGGCCAAUGAUGUGGACACCAAUCCCGCUCUGACGUACAGCUUUGUCGACGAGGCUUCCGAUCCCGACACCACCAACAUCUUCGCCAUUGACCGCUUCAGUGGCAAAGUGAUCCUGCGCCAGCGGCUGGACUAUGAGACACGACAGGAGUAUCAAUUAAAGAUCAGUGCGUCCGACACGUCACACCUGGCGCAAACAACCCUCACGAUCCGUGUCACAGAUCAGAACGACAAUGCGCCAAUCUUCCAGCAGCCGGCCUAUCACACCACACUGCCCGAGGAAGUCAACAAUGCCGAAUUGGAGAUCCUCACCGUGAAUGCCACAGAUGCCGACAGCGAGGUCAAUGCCAAGAUCAGGUACUCCAUUGCCAAGUUGAUCGCUGGCUUUAGGAUUGGGGAAACGUCUGGUAUUCUCUAUGCCAACACUUCGCGCAUCUCCAAACCCUUGCGCGAGGACAUUCAUCUGACCAUUGUGGCCACGGACUCGGGAAGUGUUCCUCUCACAGCCACCACAACUGUUCGCAUUCAUGUGAACUCCAAUUCGCACGCGAAACCGCAGUUUAUGCAGAAUCAAUAUCGGGCGAGCGUCAAGGAAGACAUCUCACGGGGCUCUGCAGUUAUUCGCCUAUCACCGCCAGACUUGCCAGAAAUUGAUGCCCAGAGUUUGAUGAACUUGGAGAUUGUCUCUGGGAAUGACAAUGGCACUUUUGAGAUCACCAAUCCUGGAGCUACUAUAAUAACUGUGAAGACGCUGGAUCGCGAGGAAACGGAUCUGUAUCAUUUGCGGUUGAUGAUGUGUGAACGAGGGAAGCCCACACGGAAAGAUGACAAUUCCACGGCCAUAAACGUCUUCAUAACAGUGGAUGAUGCCAAUGAUAAUGUGCCAGUGUUUCAAGCUGCCACUUACGAAGCCACCAUAAGCGAGGCAGCCACGCUGAGGCACUCAAUAACCAAGAUCCAGGCUGUAGAUGCGGAUCUGGAAAGCUCACCAAAUUCUGAGGUGGUUUAUGACAUCACGAGUGGAAAUGAUUCGGGAAUGUUCUCCAUUGAUUUGGUGUCGGGAGUGCUGUUUGUUAACAACGAAUUGGACUAUGACACUGGAGAGUCGGAGUACAAUCUCGUAAUUAGAGCGUGUGAUAGUGCUAUCAAGCCCUUGUGCAGUCUUCAGCCUUUCCGCAUCCAACUGACUGACGAGAAUGACAAUGAACCGAAGUUCCCGGUAUCGGAAUACUUGGAAUUCGUUGGUGAGAAUGAGCCCAUAGGGGUGUCCGUGUUCACGGCCAGGGCUACGGAUAUGGAUAAAGGUGUCUUUGGCCAGGUGAACUACACGAUAGUCUCGUCAGCCGCCAGUGGAUAUUCGGACAUUGAUGAGUCGUGGAAGCUGUUCAAAGUGGAUCCCGAAACAGGAGUUGUUAACACAAAUGCCAUCUUUGACUAUGAGCAGAAGAAUCGAUACACGUUCACGAUCAAGGCUCGGGACAUUGGCGGAAAGACGGCGAGUGUGAGGGUGAGAGUGAUGAUUGAGAGUCGCGAUGAGUUCAGCCCUCAGUUCACGGAGAGAACGUAUCGCUUCAUACUGGCCACUCCGUCUUCUGGAUACCUUCCCGUUGGCUAUGUCGUGGGUCAUGUCACAGCCACCGACAGGGACAAGGGACCCGAUGGUCGAGUGAUCUACCAACUCUCCACUCAUCAUCCCUACUUCAAGAUGAACCGCACCACCGGCGCUGUGAUGGUGAAGAAGAAGGUGGACAAUGUUGCAGCGAGUCUUGAGGCUGGAAGAGACAUUAGUCUUGUGGUUCAGGCAAGUUCAGGCAGACAAGGUUCCUUAACCAACAUGACUGUUGUGGAGAUUGCGCUGGAUCCUUCAGCAGAUCCUGCAACGAACAUUGCUUCGGCCACUGGAAAUUCAGGCUCUGGAUCCGGCGGCAGUGGACUGGCCGAUUGGGCUCUGGGACUUCUCAUCUCUUUAAUCCUGGUUAUACUGUCAUUCGCAGCGGUGUUUGUCUUCCUCCACAUGCGCAACAGAAGACACAAGCAAGUGACCAAGCCGAGUUUGAGCUCAGAAACUGUUGGCAAUAGCAAUUCAUAUGUGGAUCCCUCGGCUUUUGACACGAUUCCCAUAAGAGGGAAUGCUGCUGGAGUUAGCACUACCGGACAGUUUGCUCCGCCGAAGUACGACGAGAUUCCGCCGUAUGGGCCACACACGGGGAGCUCUAAUUCCGGAGCCCCUACAACGUCUGAGUUGUCGGGAUCAGAGCAGUCGGGAUCGAGUGGGCGAGGAAGUGCGGAAGAUGGGGAUGAUGGAGAGGACGAAGAGAUCAGGAUGAUCAAUGAGGGACCUCUGCAGAGAGACACUGGCUUGCACAGGACGAACGAUGUGGACGGCAGGCUGUCUGGCAUUUCUGUGCAGAAUACUCAAGAGUACCUAGCAAGAUUGGGGAUUGUUGACAAUCCGGCAACAAACGGAGCGGGAUCGACGUCCUCACGACAUUGCUCGGAGAGUAUAGGUCCGGGGAGUGCCAAAGAUGCCAUUCUGCACCACACACUGCCCAUCGAUAGUCUGCACAACAUGUUCGAUGAGGAGCCUGGCGGAGAGUCAGAUAUCACGAAUCUCAUCUAUGCGAAGCUCAACGAUGUUGCUGGCGGCAGCGACCGGGCGAGCAGUGCCGAUGAAGCUGCAACAACUGCGGGCAGUAUAGGGGCUGCCGUGGAUCAUGUGAUGGUGAUGGGAGGCUUCGGGGAUGGACCAGUGGUUGGCGGUGGCAACACCGGACCCAGUAUGAAUGGGUCCCUGAGUUCCAUUGUACAUAGUGAAGAGGAGCUCACGGGCAGCUACAACUGGGAUUACUUGCUGGACUGGGGACCGCAGUACCAGCCGCUGGCGCAUGUCUUCAGCGAGAUCGCCCGCCUGAAGGAUGACACGUUGUCUGUGCACAGUGGAAACAGCGGCGCGUCGAGUGCCAAGAGCAAAGGAUCUCUGCAGCAUGCUGCCAAGCAUAUUCCGCCGCCCUUGCUCACGAACGUCGCUCCGAGAACCAUCAAUGCUAUGCCGGUGUUGCCAAGCCGAGGACCUGGCCAUCACUCUGUCCUCACGGCGCAUCAGUACCUCCUGCCGCGAUCGCCGAUCAGCCACGAUGCUCCCGGUGGCGGCUUCAGCACCUCCUCGGCCAUGUCGCCGAGUUUCUCGCCCUCCCUCAGUCCACUGGCCACUAGGUCGCCUUCCAUUUCGCCCCAUGUGAACUCUGGCCUGUCCACAUCGCAUCACAUGGUGUCCCUGCCGCAGCACCAGCCACAGCCGAUCCAGAGGAAGACACUCGAUCCGGAAAUGAGGGUACGCAUCUGAGUUGACCGGAGA